AUGCCACCUACUCAUCUGGUUGAUGAAGAUUUUCUGAAGUACGCCAUGGAGUCGUACGUUGCUGAUGUUAAUGAAGAUGCCAACAAGACGACUAUCAUUUUUACGUUAACCGAAAAACCUGGAGCUCUCGCUGAGACCCUUAAAGUAUUCCAGGCUCAUGAGGUUAAUCUCUCCCACAUCGAAUCACGGCCUUCGAAAACACAUUCAGGGAUGCUACGAAAUCCUAGUGGAAUGUACGGAGGAUUCCGAUCAACACAAAAUCGAAGAGCCUCAUCCAAAAUUGUUCAAAGAAAAAAAGGAGAUGACCUGAUGGUACACGAUUGGAAUGCACGUAACAAGCAGAAUAAAGUACCUACCUCUGGGACUCCCAGUCGGACCAUCAUUCUGACCGAACUUCCAGAAAUACUGAGAUUAUGCAGCGAUAGGGAGAUCUUCGACCAACCGUUAAUGCAUUUGGAGCGGAAAAAACGGGCAGCUGCCGAGAAACGAUCCCAACUACGACCGACCCCUCCCCUCCUUUGGCAUGGGACCAACAAACGAAAGCCACGAUCAAAUCACACAAUGUUACCGUAUACAGAUUCUAUCCCAUGGUUUCCACGCCGAAUCAAGGACAUCGACCAGUUCGCAAAUCGAAUUUUGAGCUAUGGAGCCGAGCUGGAUUCUGAUCAUCCG